AUGGCCAAUGACUCGGGGAGUAGAGCCCUAGCGCUGGAAAGAAUGUUCACCGACGCACCCACGAAGGCGCGCUUGCCUGCGUACGUGAAAUGCCUCGUCCUGGCAUGUUUGGGCUUGGUGCCCUUCUUGGCUGUGCUCACUCGGGACAUGGACCCUUCAGACUUUCACGCUUGCGAUGACGAAUGUUAUUUCGUGCGGUACGCUGGUGUCCCAAGCUUACCGUCUACAGCUGUUGAGAAUGUUGAAAGAACAACUGGAAACAAAACAGGCUGGUGGCCAAGCUUUCCAUUGUUUGUGGCAGUCCAAACCGGUCAAAGUGUGCAAGCAAGCUAUCCACCAAUUCUGUCACCGUGGGUAUGGCUGCAAACUCCAGGUGCAGCCUACUUUCUGGGCCCCUACAUGUACACCGCGGCGGUGCUUUUGCUGGACAAUUCCAGCCACACUGAGUUCAUCAGCAGUGCGAAUGCGACACCCACGCAGUGUCAAGAAUACGACACUCGCACCAAAAUAGAGAACCACCUCGUUCAAGGCCGCAUUCGGGUGAUCUACCUUGUGGCUGUCAUUGCAUGGAUUGCAUGCAUUCUGGUGCAUGACUGGUCUUUGCUAGCAGGUGUUCACGAGCGGGUGACAUUAAAGAUUGCCUUGGUGCUAUUCUGGUGCCAGCUAUUCUCUUGCGUCGCUGCUUUCGUUUGGGGCACUGGUGCUGCAGAGGUAUUUGUGGAACCAGACAGCGGCUGCUAUUACAGGUUGAAGACUGUGGUGACAUUGCUAGCAGUGUUGCCGCCUUUCCUGCUGUUGGCUGUCACAGAGCAAAAAUACCACAGGCUUGUGCUAUCAGUUUGCCAUGGAGACUAUCUUUACUCAGUUCAGUACAGUGUCCCAUUCAGAGCAGCUGAAGCAACCGUCCCUUCCGAUCCAUCAGCAUCCCUGCUUUCCCCUGCCUUGAGGGGAGAUAGUGGCGCUGAAGGGAGGGGAGGUGUAGAGGCCUGUCCAGCGCCAAGGCUCUCCUUACCGGAAAUCCAAGAGAUGGAAUGGAUGCUUACCUGGACCUACAUGUUCUGGUGCCUUGCGCAGCAUCUGAUCAUAGCGCCCUUUGCCGUCGGGCCACUUUUCCGCAGGAUCCUGCAAGUAUCAAAAACCUGGAGAUGGGCCUUCGAUGCCUUCGGAAUUCUCAAGUUUGGUGUUUUGGCACUGAUGAUCGGUUCUGUGGUGGCUGGCCUUUAUCCGGCCUUCCGCCUCUGCCGGGCUUGCCCGACUAACUUCUUCAGCGACCAGGAACGAGAAGACACCGGCGUGUGUCUGCGCAUCAGGAGACUAGCCACUCGGGCGACGAACCUCUUCGCACUGUGUUUUGGCCCCGUGUUUAGCGUCGGCGCCGUCUGGAAGAUUUGGAGGUGGUGGCAGGGUGAGCUGCUCACAGACAAUGUCCUCGAUGAUAGUUGGCUGUGGUACUUGCACGGGACCUCGGCGUUUAUACAUGCUUCUAUCUCCUGCUCCAUGCUGCCAGCAUUCAAGGACCCCACGAUCAUGCUCAGAGCUCGGGCACUACACCUGAACUUUGAGUUGGAGAAGAGGUCCUUGGCUGAGGUGCAUACGAACCAUCCAGAUUGGCUGAUGGCUCCAUAUUUGUCGAACAAGAACCGAGAAGUCCUCACGAAGAGGGGCAGCCAGCUACUCGAAACGGAGGCGGACGACUCAGAGUGCGGUCUCAUGUAUCCGGACUCAGGAGGACCUCGAGUUUCUGGCGCGAGGUCGUCUGCAUUUGAUGCAAACGCCAAGCGGUCCUUUCAGACCAUCAUUGAUUCGUGGAAUUAG